GGUCAUGCAGUAACCGAAAUCUCUCCAUUUCUCUUCUUUCAAUCUUUCAACUCGACAGCAUCACCCUCUCAGGUUCACUCGUGUACCCAGAGCGCCCAGACACCCAUAAGCAUCCGGCACAGACAUCUCGGCGUCUUGACCCCACCGCAUCUUUCGGAACACCAAAGCAUCCGGUAUCGUUGUCCGGUGGAGUCAGUUCGGCAGCAGGAAACCCUCUUGGCUAGCAGCAUCCCUCAACCCAUCCCCAUUUCGACCCCACCAUGCCAACCGGUUCAUACGCUCCACUCCCCUCCACUCCCACAACCACCACCCGCUCCUCUUCUCCUUCAUCUCCCACAUCUUACCGCCCCUCUCUCAUGCCCAUCCCCUUCACCCACCGCCUGAAGGCCCGCAACGCUCAGGUCGCUCUCUUCGCUGUCGUCCUUCUCCUCGUGACACUGCCUUUUGCGCAUUACAAUCGUGAAAAAGUGCAAGAUUACUGGGCGGCAGACUAUAUCACCACCGACGCUUCUACACAGCAUGUUCCAGUAGCUUCCGGGGGCCUUGCCAACAUCCCUUUGACGCUCGAGGCAAGGAUCCAGUACCUCCUGACUCGCCCAGCUUUGGCUCAAUGGGAAGCAGAGCUUCCUUCCCGGCACGGCUGCCCCUUCUACACCUACUCUCGAAACACCUACUUUUUCCACGACGGCAAGCCCGAGCAAUGGGAGCAAAUCGGACCCAAUGAUAUCGUCAGGUAUAGGGCCAAGAUCGUCGACUACUUUAGGGAGGUGGAGAGAGAAGGAGGCAGGUUGAUUUGGGAUCAGUCGAUGGAGGCGGAGGCCAAGGAGGACAGGCGGGGUAUCAUUUUUACCGGUGGUGAAGGUAAAACGCUCGAACGCCUCAAGCUCUCCCUUCACAUGCUCAAAAACGUCAUCAAGUCUACCCUUCCCGUUCAGGUGUACCACUUCCCGGACGAGCUGCAAGACCCCGACUCCCGCGCCGAGCUUGAAGCUUUUGGUGUCGAGCUGGUCGUUGCGAGUGAGAAGAGGCCGGAUGGAAAGAGCUGGCAUAUCAAGAAUGCGGCGUUCUUGGCGACUCGUUUCACAGAGUUUGUCUAUAUGGAUAGCGACAACAUUCCCUUGAACGACCCUCGAGAGCUGUUUGACAGUGUCGAGUACAAGCAGAGCGGUUCCGUCUUCUGGGCCGAUCUCAACAAAGACCACCCCGACAAUGCAAUCUUCCGAAUUGUUGGCAAAUCAUGCACUGACGACCACUGGCCCGCCGAAACCGGCCAGAUUGUCUUUUCCAAACGGGCCAACAAUGGACUCAAUCUCGCCAUCUUGCACCUCUCUAACCACAUGAUGUCGAACCCCGACAUGUAUGGCUUCCUGUCUUAUGGUGACAAGGAUACUUUUAGGUACUCGUUCUAUGCUCUGGGCUUGCCAUAUCAACAGGCGCCCAAGAUCUUUGCGACCGCUGGAGGAUACCAAACUCAAAACGGAGAAGACUCUGACAAGUUCUGCGGCCACUCCAUGAUCCAAUGGGGCCUCACACCCUGGACUGAGCGCCACAACCCCGCAUACCACCCCAAACCCGCGUUCCUUCACACCAUUCUGGGUAAACACCGAUACAACCUCCAACCCUCAAAGCUCUUCUCGCACAUUCACCGACCACGCUUGGACGGCAUCAACGAGCCUCUCCUUGUCCGAACACCUUACGACUUUACAGGUGAUUGCUUUGCAUUGACGUUGAAGGGGCCCGAUGGAGCCCCCGGAGCUGUCAACUCGAUGGGCGACGGACAAGGAGUGGAGACGGUGGCCAUGGGGGAUGUGAUUGGGGAUGAUAAUGUCUGGGGAGAAUUGAAGGGACUGAGCGAGACUUUUGUUCACAUCAACCACAACGAUUGAUCGAGUCAGUCGUCUGUCAUUGUUCCGGGACUUUUUUCGUAUUAUCAUUCUCAAACAAAAUCUUAUCAUCCUAUAACUAUUACAGCAGUAGACCCUUCUUGGCAAUUAGAAGUCUGCACAUUCCUUAGCAUUGUAUGUAACACGCCUGUCGAUCUAGAAAA